ACGCAGAGGGGUAGAGGGACAUGUCACGAUUAUAAGUUAGAAAGGGAUAGCAAGCUAUAGCAGCGAAUGUCCUUUUUUUCUCUAUUUCUACGUCCAUUUCCCCUUCCUCCUAUUUCCCAGCUCCCACUCUGGUGGUGCUUCCUCGACGUCCCUCAGCGCCCCCUUUCUUCUGUUCGUUUGGUCUCUCUUUUCUUUGGACUUGUCCUUUUUUCCCCUGAAAGUCUACGUCGCGAAACAUUAGAGAACGUCGCGUCCUUGCGUAUGCGAGAAUUCUUGCAAAGGAGGUUUCGCGAAAUUAACGUGUCAUGCCCCACCACUAGAGAUUUAGACGGAUUUUCAGGCAAAUCCGUAACUAUGAUGGCGUAGUACCUCUCACUCGCACGCUAAUGACGUUUCGUCGUUUCUUCUCAACGCCACCAACAGCUGUUUCGUUCGAUUGUCGCCCUCUCCUACGAUUGUGCAAGGAUAGUAGAACAUAAAGGAAAGUAGGAAGCUUAUUUAAUAUCUCUAUUGUGGAAACUCUUUGUGUAUGUGCAUUAUUCGAAGAGAGAUACCGAAGGUCCGAAAUAAGAAGAAAUACAUUGUUAAUUGUUGUUUUUUGGACGAACGUGGUUAUAGCAAAAAUUAUGUCAGUAUUGAAUCAGAGCGGAGAGGAUGCUGUAGAGUGUCCGUUGUGCAUGGAACCAUUGGAGGUUGACGAUUUAAACUUCUUUCCGUGUACGUGCGGCUACCAAAUAUGCAGAUUUUGUUGGCAUAGAAUACGUACGGAUGAAAAUGGCUUAUGCCCCGCGUGCCGGAAGGCCUACUCCGAAAACCCCGCUGAUUUUAAGCCUCUUACUAAGGAAGAAAUUGCAAGGUUAAAAGCAGAAAAGAGAUUGAAGGAUCAGCAGCGUAAACAAAGAGUUACUGAAAAUCGUAAACAUCUAGCAAAUGUGAGAGUAGUUCAAAAAAAUUUAGUAUUCGUAGUAGGAUUACCAAUGCGAUUGGCGGACGCGGAUGUAUUAAAGAGGCACGAGUAUUUUGGGAAGUUUGGUAAGAUUCAUAAAGUUGUGAUCAAUCAGAGCACUUCUUACGCAGGGUCUCAGGGCCCUAGCGCUUCGGCAUAUGUCACCUACCAACGUCAGGAAGAUGCUUUGCGUGCUAUAGAGGCUGUGAAUAAUAUCGUUGUGGACGGACGGACAAUAAAAACGUCAUUGGGUACAACAAAAUACUGUUCACAUUUUAUGCGUAAUCAGGUGUGUCCUAAACCAGACUGUAUGUAUUUACACGAUCUCGGGGACCAGGAGGCUUCUUUUACAAAAGAGGAAAUGCAUCAAGGGAAACAUCAGGAAUAUGAGCGCAAACUCGUUCAGUCUUUACAUGCUCAUGCAUCAGCAUUGCAGCGAAAACCAACACCAUCGCCACCUGUUACAAGUAGUAUUAGUCGUGAAAAUGGAACUACAAAUUCACAAGCCAAGGAAGCAUGGCCUUCGUUACAACCAGGACAAACAAAUAACACACAAAUGACUUGUAAAGAAUCAUCACCACCUACCCAAACAACUUCACAGCAACAUAGCAUAAUUAAUGGUAGCAGUCUUACCACCCAACAAACGCAUAUAUCAUCCGGAGGUUCUAUGCAUCAACAAAAUAACAAUAAUAAAGGGGAAAAUGGUAUGGGUCUACGCAGAGGCAAAAGUAAUAGUGAAAGUAAGGCACAAGCAGCGCGAAAUAAACAUAAAAAUUGUCAAAAUAAAGAGAAACAUAGUACUCGAACAACGUCACGUUCUGAAUCAAGCUCGAUUAGUGUACAAAAUAAUGUGCAACCACAAGUGAAUGGUCAGAAGGAUAUAAGAAAUUUUUCAGCCGAAACGAAUAGUGAUGUAUUGCAAAAGUUAGGCAAUAAGUGUAAGGUUGAACAACAACAACAACAACAACAACAACAACAGCAACAGCAGCAACAACACCAGCAACAGCAAUCUAACAAAAUUUCUAAACCGGCACAACAACCAUCUAAUGAACUUAAAAUAAAUGGUAUAGUUCAAAAUGGGGAGCGACGACAUUCGGAUAGUGAAACGGAUCAACAACGAGAAGGUAGCACACCAGCUAGUACAAUUUCAAGUUCAGAAGAGUCUAAUGUAAAUCAUCAAGUGGAACAAUUAGUGGAAUCGAGUGAGGAAAACAAUGGUGCUGCAAUUUUAGGUUCAUCACCUGCUAGCACAAAUUCAUCGCAAGGUGCCAAUCAACAGCCACCACCUGGGCUGCAUAAUGGGUCUCAAAUGCAACUUAAUCAUCGGUCAAUCUUUCAGGCGGACAAUAAUAGUUUCUUCAGUACAAAUACCUUCCAAAAAAUAUCUACAGCCGCCUCUGUCACAUCCAAUUCCUUAGCAGGAAAUACAAAUUUGGAUUGGACGAGUACAGGCUUGGCUUCCAUACCCGAUUCUUUACCCGCAGUUCACUCGAGCGAAGAUUGGCAAGCAGCAUUCGGUUUUCAUCCGGAAUCAACGCGAUCAAAUCAUAUUGUACGAAAAAUUAGUCCUUCUAAUUCACCGCGAGUAACUUUCAACUCUGAAGAUUUUGCCGAAGAAGAAGCAUAUAAUAAUUCGCAGUAUAACGCGAUUUCUGAAUCUUCGAUCAACUUUCAAACAAAUUUGCUUGUUAACUCACCUGCAUCUAAGUUUAUGGCAGACUUUCAGCAAAAUUCAUUACAACAAAGGCUUGCUAUGCAAGCACAACAGAAUCAAGAAAAUUGUGAAUAUAUCAAGCAAAACGGACAUGCAACUUUAAAAGAAGUUCAAAAUCAUCAUGAAUCUGGAUCUGAUGUAAAAGCUGACGAUGAUUUAGGUUUCGAUCCCUUUCACGAAACGCAAAAGGCUCUUGCGGAAUUAAUGGAAAACGAAAUGCAGUUACAACAACAAAGAAUAUUUCAACAACAACAACAGCAACAGCAGCAGCAGCAACAAAGAGAACGAGAAGAGCAAAGUAGGGUACAACAUCAACAAAGUCUUGCGAAUAUUGGUCAGCAGCACUUUCCACAGGUUGCACAUAUAGCACAUCUGCAACAACAAGCGCAACACUUGCAAAAUUUGCAAGUUCUUCAACAAUCGCAUUCCCUCCUGUCUCGUCUUCCGCAGAAUCUUCUUCAAAGCGGUACACAGAGUCCUGCUCAGAAUUCCGUAACAGCUGCUAGUCUGGCACAACGCAGUCGCCUCCCUCCGCCAGGUUUUCCUGGUGCAACCCCAAAUCACAUGAACUCUUUUGGUCUUGGUAUACCGCGGCCUGCCCCUACAAACAAUGCCCUCACGGGAACACAACCAUCGCAACAAAGUGCGUAUCUUCCAAAUGGAAAUCCUCUACUCAAUACGCAAGUAGGUAUCGGUAAAUGCGCAGGCGAUACUAUUUACACAUUAAAAGAUUGGUGUGAGAUAAGUAGCCAACAACAACAACAGCAAUUUCAUCAUCAAGCAUUGCAUCAAAAAGGGGGAUGGAACAACUUUGGGCCUAUCGCAGAUUGGACUUCAAUUGAUCCAGCUAUCGUUAGUUCAUCUAGGCCUCUUUCAUUCCAAACUACUAGCACAUGGCAAUUUCCACAUGUACAUCCUUCUCACACAGUAUCUCACAAUGCGCAACAGGAACAGAAUGCACCAGCUCAGCAUUGGGCAAUGCAACCACCGCCGGGUUUUGGUUCGCCUGCAACUACAGGGCAAAUAAAUAAUCAACAAGCGAACACAGCUGCACAGCCGCACACCAAACUAAUCUCUACGACAUCAGAGAUUGAGAAUUUAUAAAGAUUACGAACACACCAAGUCUACAAAUGACAUGGUGAAAUAUUCGUAUCCGAUGAAAUGAAAGCCAGAAAAGAAAUUAUAAGGACAGUCUGUAACGUAUGUUUUCUUUAAAAUGUGUUUAUAUUUGCCUUCAGCUAAUUGUAUAGUUGCUGCGAUCUUGCUGUAUGAGCAUUUCCUAUGGGAAACAAAAAAUAGUUGAAUUCAUCAUUUUGUUGAAUAAUAUGAAAAACUCUUGAUAUGAAUAUUAUUUAUUUUUUCUGAUAUUAGUAACAAAUUUAAUACAUAUAAAAUUUUUAAUAUUAAUUCUCUAUUAUCAUAUGUCAAAUCUUAAAUACACUUAUGAAACAAACCAUAAGUAAUUUAAUAAUUAAACUAAUUCAUUCUAAUUUUUUUUUUAAAGUAUAUUACAAUUUUCACCAACAUCAUUACAUUUUAAUUAAAUCUUAUUAUAAAAUCAUGAAAUUAUUUUUGGAGAAACUUUGGUUCUUAUUAACUGAAGCUUAUUAAAAUGAAAGUUGAACAGAUUUGAAAUAUUAAUAAAAUCUUGUACGAUUUAUUUUUACUACUGCUUAGAUCUUUAAUUAAAUAAUGGAGACAUAUAAACAUUGAUAUGAGCCAAUAGUAAUUUAUUACUUACUGAUUGAAUAAUAGGAAAGGCAUUACCUUAAUAUUUAAUUAAACGUCAGGUCUAUCAGCUUAGUUACAAAUGAUACUGGAUUUAUAAUCAAUGUAAAUUUAAUUUAUAAUCGCAUAUAUACAAAGUCAUAUAAAAGAAAAAAUGCAGUAAUAACAUUAUCUUGAAGAAUGAGAGCAAAAUUAACGCAUACGGAAUAUAUAGAAAACUGCUGUGCGACUGUCAACAAAAAUUAAUAUAAAAGGGCCAUAUCUCAGAUCACAGGUGUAUAAAUACAAACUCGAUAUCUGGAGUAUCUGACCGAUAGUAAUACAAUACAAAUUGCUAUGUUGAACGAUUUACUUUAACGGCAGAUUAUUUUAAAUAUCUGCUGCCUUAACGUGAAUAACAACACGAUACAUAUACAAGAGAAUGAUUGAAAUAAUGAACAUAUGAUUAUUAUAAAAUUAACUGAUUUAAGGUAAUCAAGAAAUAUACGAUAUGCGCAAAAAAUGA